AUCCCAACUUUAUAUGCAAGUGGUUAAUUUUACCCGACACUCUGUCUUUGUUCUCGGCCCGCCGGAAUUUCUACAGAAUGAGUAAAGCGAAGUCUGAAACAGUCACAAAAGCAAUGUUAAAGAACCUUUGCUAUGCCAAUGGAUGGUCGUAUGCAGUUUUCUGGGGUUUCAACCUGCAAAAUCCAUUAUUGCUGACACUGAGGGAUGCAUACUAUGAUGAACAGAUAGGUGGGCUCAUUGAUGAUAUGCGUCUACAAGUUCAUAUUCUAGGAAGUGGGUUGGUUGGUCAAGUUGCUUUUACCAAGAAACACAAAUGGGUGACUUCAGACCCUAAUUCUGCUUGGGAGAGCCGCCAUGGUUUGGCUGAUAUUUAUGAGUUGCUACAGGAGGAUUCUGAAUUCUCUGGGAAAUUUUCUUGUGGGAUUAAGACAAUUGCAGUUGUAUCUGUUGAACCGUUUGGGGUGAUACAAUUUGGAUCUAUGGAGAAGCUUCCGGAGAGGAUGGAGUUUAUAUUCGAAACGAAAAAGCUCUUCCAGGAUAUGGAUGUGGAGUCAUUUUUACCUGAAAUCUCACUUUCAUCAUCAGAGAAUGGAGAAACUUUAGACCCUCUAGAGUCUCUUCCAUGUCCCGACUUCGCUGAUCUUUUGGAAUUCGAUUGCCAGUUUCAAAAAUAUAGUGCAGAAGCUUCUCUGGUGUGUGAUAUUCCACUGCCAUUUUCUCCCCCCGCAGUGGGCCCGUCCAAUUACAGAGCGGUCGACGAGAGCAGUGAUGACAUGUCAUGUGCCACAAGUGUCAUUUUAGCUCCCCAUCUGAGUGAGCAGACUGAUCUUCUAAAUGUCUGCAACUCCUUUUGUCAGACAGAGAAGAACUUGAAUGCAUUAUCUGUUGAUAAUGAAGUGUUUAGCUGCACAUCACAGCACUCAAUUGGUUCUGAAAACUGGGCAUCAAAUAGUUUGUUCUCUAAAUUAGGCCUAGACCAGUUCUUGAAUGACAGUCGCAGAAGCUCCUUUGGGAGCUAUAGUUGCAAUGAUCAGUUAUUUGCAGAAAGCAAAAGGAGGACGAGAAGUGGAAGUCCUUUAGUAUCAUCUAAGAACCAGGAGAGCCCUACAAAACCAAUCAAGAAGAAGGCUAAACGAGGGACUCGACCUGUCCCAAAAGAUCGUGUGAGGACCUAUGAACGCCUAGCAGAGUUGAGAACCCUCGUUCCUAAUGGUGAAAAGAUGAGUAUUGAUCGUCUGUUGAAUCAAACUAUAAAACAUUUGCUGUUCUUGCAAAGUGUCACGCGUCGUGCUGAAGGACUCAGAAAAGCCAAUGAGAAAAAGGGUCUGAAAGAGACCGGCUUCAACAGUAAUGGCAGCGGAGUAACAUGGGCGUGUGAAAUUGAGAACCAAACGAUGGUUUGUCCUUUAAAAGUUGAGGAGCUUUGUACUCCUGGCCAAAUGCUUAUAGAGAUCCUAUGUCAAGAACAAGGCUUCUUCUUGGAGAUUGUAGAAGUAGUGCGAGGUUUUGGGUUGAAUAUAGUGGAGGGAUCCAUGGAACGCCGUGCGUGUAAUAAGAUAUGGGCACACUUUGUUGUUGAGGCUGAGAACCAGAUUGUAACAAGACACCAGAUAUUCUCAUCCCUUCUUCAACUUUUGGAGCUAGGAGGACCAAGUGAAGAGUUGUGUGUGAAUGCUGAGGUUGGGGAUGGAGUAAUAAGGAAUAGCCCAUUGAACAACAAUUGCUCCCAUUCUCCUGCCAUUCCGUUCCCCAUUGGCAUCCCUGCCCGAAUCCCAUGCACCAACUUAUUACAAUAACACAUUUCUGAGGUGAAGAAACUAAUACAUACACGAGGUUUUGGAACAGAAAAUCUCAUCCCGCGAUUGACUGUAGAUAGAAGACAUGCAGUAGAGAUAAUCAUCAAUGUAGUAUAGGCAUAACAGCUACUUUAGGGACAUGUGUCUCUGUGUUUUGUGAUUCCAAAAAUGACAGGUCUUUUGGGAGGUUUUCAUGUAGCUUUUUCAUCAUGGAAGCAUUUUCUUUCCCUUUAGUUGUUUAAUUGCAAUUGAAUUCAGCACAGGUUGUUCUUUGUUCCCAAAAUGCAUUGCUGCUAGCUAUUGGUUUCAACUUUCUUGUACAAAAUAAGAACAAAAACUUAAGGUUGAUUUACAAAUCAAAGACUUGUUGGUUA